AUGGAUACUCUACCUCAGGACAUCAUCGACCACAUCGUCUCGUAUCUUUUGGCUAGAAGGUCCAAGCCCCGAAAACCAUACGCCUACCUCCACCAUCACUUGUCCCGUGCGCCCCUCGCCACCGUCUCACGCCGGUUGCAGACCGCCGUGGAGAGAUGGACAUUCAGGGACAUCAGGAUCAAUAGCGAUGAGUUGGAAAAAUUCGUCCAAUUGCUCACGCCUGCGAGACGUACAUUUCUCGCUGGUCUCGAGUUCAUCCCUAUCCUUCCAACCUACAAGGAUGCUGCUGGCACCCGAGCUGAAUCACCAGCCGAACGCGCUGCCAAUGAUGAAAGCUACACGCAAGCCGUGCAAUCUUUGCUGGAAACCCUCAAGACCUGGGAAGAGGAGGAUCCUCAUUCGGUCAACUAUCGUCUGAAGUUGGCCAUCAACAUCCCACAAUCCCCCAGUGACCGUGCCUGGCCGGGCAUCUUCCCUCAAUUCAGGGCUCUGUUGCCCAAGGGAAACUGCAUCUAUGAGGGCCGUUACCUACACUCUUACAUAGAUCUCCUACGCCUAGAGCAGCUACCAGAGGUCCAUAGAGUGAAGCAUUUGGUCAUGAAGCGCCCGGAUAAGAAACGCAUCCACCGGAACGUCUGUCACAGGGUGCCUUUCAUGCUGGCCUCCAAAAUGCCAAACCUUGAAUCCAUUAAUGUGUCCGUGGAUGAUUCCGAGGAGCGUUUUCUUGACCUGCGGGCCAAAAACCGUCAAGAUGCUGCAGACUUGUUGAAACGAUUGUCUCUCCCACACCUGAAGAGCGCCCGUCUUGACUUUUGGCACCGAAGAUACAAUCAUGAAGCCACCGUGCCGCCACAUCUUCAUGGUGUCGGUAUCCCGGAUCCGUUGAGCGCAGCCAUCUGUGACUUUUCAAUGAAACUCGUGGACCUUGAAGUCGCAGGCAUACUCGAUCCCAGCCUCCUUCGGCCACUGAGCAAUACUGUUUGGCCGGAGCUCCGGACUCUUCGCAUCAAGCUUGAGCCUGUGACGCCGGCUGGAGAGUGGUACUUUCUUGAGAGCCACCCUCCAUCUAGCGCUCCGCCGGAGAGACCGUCGUCCGAUUUUACUCUCAAAAAUCUCCACGAGGAGUCGUUCCACUACUGGCGAGAGUCUAGUUAUGCUAGCCAGAAGCAUUCUGAAGCAUUCCGCGGCCGAGUAGAUGAAAGGCUUCUCGCUCCCUUCAUCGAGGCGUAUGCCGACGCACUGUCAAGCAUGCCCAAACUUCGCAAGGCGAGGCUCAUCUGUAAUCUCGAUCUUCAAGACGAGACGCUUUCAGAACCCCUUUCACUCCAAGUUUCCUACUUUGCACCUGGACAACACUCCAAGAGUAGUUCGGUAAAACGCGACUACAACAACCGACAACUGGUGACAUCCUUGCUGGGAUGGGUGCCCAACCCGGACCUGAUGGCCAAGCUGCGAGGCAUCCAGGAUGAGUAUCGUUUUGAGCCCAUGAAGGAGGUGGAUGUUACUGAUUCGUUUGAAAAGAAAAUGGAGGCACUGCAGAUUUAG